AUGUAUCUGUGGAUAUUUAAUCUCGUCUGUUCAGCUGUGUACGGCAUAAGCCGUAUUUCAGGGCCAAAUUUGAAAGCUGUUAACUUUGCCAAAGAGUUAGAAGGACAAAAGCUGAAGGGAAGCCUGAUAAAAGAAAUAGAAGUUUAUUCGGAAAGUUCUUGUCGGUUUGAGUGUGUGAAUGAAGAGCGAUGUCAAUCCUACAACUUUGGAACUUUAGAGGGCGACUCAGGGAAAUUCAAAUGUCAGCUAAGCGACUCUGAUCGAUUUGUUGGAUUUGCAAACUUUACCGAAGACGAACAUUUCAUUUACAGAGGAAUAAAGAGCACCUGCGAGGAAGAUGAUCCUUGCAAGGAGAAUGAAACUUGUGUUGUUGACUACAAAUCAAACACUCAUUUUUGUAAGUGUAUUAGAGAUUGCCCCAAGAACUGUCUUGACUAUGAUCAAAAUGGUUCCAAAACCGACGGUGUGUACUGGGUUUACCCUGAUGAAGAAGAACCUUUUCAAGUGCUGUGUGACAUGACAUCUGAUGGUGGAGGAUGGACCAUCUUUCAAAGGCGCAUGGAUGGCUCCGUAGACUUUUAUGUCGACUGGGAAUCAUACAAAAGAGGCUUUGGAAAUCUUGAGGGCGAGUUUUGGCUCGGAAACGAUUAUCUUCACCGUCUGACUGCAUCUGCCAGCAUGGUGUUUCGAAUUGAUAUGGAGGAUUACGAAGGUGACCGACGAUUUGCCGAGUACACGACUUUCGCUGUGGCCCAUGAAAGCGAUGAUUAUCGGGUGACGAUCGACGGGUAUCGAGGCACUGCAGGCAAUGCAUUGGUACCAUCUGUCGGAAAUGCUAUCAGAAAUAUGAGCUUCACAACCAGGGACAGAGACAACGACGUUGAGCAAGAUGGAAACUGUGCAGUGGCAUUUAGAGGUGGCUGGUGGUAUAGUGCUUGCCAUGUCGCAAAUCCAAAUGGUUUGUACCAAGGUGGAAGUCUCGCACAAGGAAUUACGUGGGCACCAUUUCGAGGACAAGAAUAUUCGUUAAAACACAUCGAGAUCAAACUUCGACCAGUAUGA